GAUUGGUAUAGGCGAGAGCAGUUCCGGCCCAGGGGCGGGGAUUAUGUAAUUUUCCCAGAAGCCCCACCUCGCCUCAGCUGGGCGGGGAAGAGGGAGGUCUCGCGCUGUCACCGGUGUUGCGUCCCGCCCCGCACACUGCGCGCAGGCGCUGACGAGCCGCUCGCAUUCUUCGUAACGGACGGCGGAGGCUACGUGAAGAGAGGCGCGGCCUGACUGAGCUACGGUUCUGGCUGUGUCCUAGAGGCAUCCAGGGCAGUAAAACAGCUGCGAUCGCGGAGGCUGCGGCCAGGCCGAGAGGCAGGCGGGGCAGGGGUGGCGGACGCAGGGCGCUGGGCCGGAUUUCGGCCUUGGCCACAGCUUUUUUUCUCAAGGUGCAAUGAAAGCCUUCCACACUUUCUGUGUUGUCCUUCUGGUGUUUGGGAGUGUCUCUGAAGCCAAGUUUGAUGAUUUUGAGGAUGAGGAGGACAUAGUAGAGUAUGAUGAUAAUGACUUCGCUGAAUUUGAGGAUGUCAUGGAAGACUCUGUUACUGAAUCUCCUCAACGGGUCAUAACCACUGAAGAUGAUGAAGAUGAGACCACUGUGGAGUUGGAAGGGCAGGAUGAAAACCAAGAAGGAGAUUUUGAAGAUGCAGAUACCCAGGAGGGAGAUACUGAGAGUGAACCAUAUGAUGAUGAAGAAUUUGAAGGUUAUGAAGACAAACCAGAUACUUCUUCUAGCAAAAAUAAAGACCCAAUAACAAUUGUUGAUGUUCCUGCACACCUCCAGAACAGCUGGGAGAGUUAUUAUCUAGAAAUUUUGAUGGUGACCGGUCUACUUGCUUAUAUCAUGAAUUACAUCAUUGGGAAGAAUAAGAACAGUCGCCUUGCACAGGCCUGGUUUAACACUCAUAGGGAGCUUUUGGAGAGCAACUUUACUUUAGUAGGGGAUGAUGGAACUAACAAAGAAGCCACAAGCACAGGAAAACUGAACCAGGAGAAUGAGCACAUCUAUAACCUAUGGUGUUCUGGUCGAGUGUGCUGUGAGGGCAUGCUUAUCCAGCUGAGGUUCCUCAAGAGACAAGACUUACUGAAUGUCCUGGCCCGGAUGAUGAGACCAGUGAGUGAUCAAGUGCAAAUAAAAGUAACCAUGAAUGAUGAAGACAUGGAUACCUAUGUAUUUGCUGUUGGCACACGGAAAGCCUUGGUGCGACUACAGAAAGAGAUGCAGGAUUUGAGUGAGUUUUGUAGUGAUAAACCUAAGUCUGGAGCAAAAUAUGGACUGCCAGACUCUUUGGCCAUCCUGUCAGAGAUGGGAGAAGUCACAGACGGAAUGAUGGAUACAAAGAUGGUUCACUUUCUUACACACUAUGCUGACAAGAUUGAAUCCGUUCAUUUUUCAGACCAGUUUUCUGGUCCAAAAAUUAUGCAAGAGGAAGGUCAGCCUUUAAAGCUACCUGACACUAAGAGGACACUAUUGUUUACAUUUAAUGUGCCUGGCUCAGGUAACACUUACCCAAAGGAUAUGGAGGCACUGCUACCCCUGAUGAACAUGGUGAUUUAUUCUAUUGAUAAAGCCAAAAAGUUCCGACUCAACAGAGAAGGCAAACAAAAAGCAGAUAAGAACCGUGCCCGAGUAGAAGAGAACUUCUUGAAACUGACACAUGUGCAAAGACAGGAAGCAGCACAGUCUCGGCGGGAGGAGAAAAAAAGAGCAGAGAAGGAGCGAAUCAUGAAUGAGGAAGAUCCUGAGAAACAGCGCAGGCUGGAGGAAGCUGCAUUGAGGCGUGAGCAAAGAAGUUGGAAAAGAAGCAAUAAAUGAAAAGUCAAAUUCAAAGAAACAUGUGAGCUUAUCCCAGAGAUUUGAGUUCU